GCCAGUGACGUCACGUGAUGCGGUUUCUGUGGUAACCGGACGCUUCGGCCUGGUGAUGGCGGGUCCGCGGGUUCUAUUACUCGUUGUAGCCUUAUAUUGGGGGAGCCGGGCGGGGAGCGCAGCAUCGAGCGGUGUGACAAUCUGUGUGUGUGACCUUUCACCCGGAAGUUGUGACAUUAACUGCUGCUGUGACCCCGACUGCUCGUCCAGUGACCCCACAAAUGUCUUCUCCUUCUGUUUACCUGGAAGUACCAAGGCGCAGCGUUGGGCGUGUCUCUCCAGCUGGCUCAUCUUCCGGAAUAACACGCCGUACACCACCACCCUCCUGGGCACGGCCCCCGCAGAGCUCUUCUGUGUCUCCUCCGCUGAUGCCUCCCUGAAUUACUUUGUGACCCCUCGGACGGUGGAUGCCAGUAACUUUGCCUCCAUCAGUGGGCAGUACCAGGGGGCGUCCUUCAUUCCGGCCUCUUCCACCACACCCGCCUUCUCCAGCUUCUACAAGGCCGGUGAUCUCGUCCUCACCAUCUCCACCUCCGGUGCGUUGGGAGUGUUACGGCAGCCGGCACCCAUAGGGGAUCAGUCUCUGUGUUCAGACAACAACCCUGCAAAAUUCCUCUCUAAUCCCUCCACAUCCUGUGUGCGCCUGCUCAGCAAUCUGACUGCCAGCUGCGUCACCGAGCGCUCCCUGUCACCGUCAUUUUAUUACCAGGACGUUGCAGUACUGAGGGUCCCAGCGGACGCAACAAAUCAGAACGCCAUAAAGGUCCCUAUAACCAGCUCUGUGACCAGCGCCCCCUACCUGCAGGGAGGUAUCUGUAAUAACAUCGUCACUCAGGUGAUCUACACGGUGCUGUACAAUGGUACACAGGGCAUCACAGGCGUCAGCGUAGACUUCACCCUCAGCAACGUGUCCACGGCGAGCGUCCUCAUCAGCCAGACCUUCUCCGUGCUCUAUAAACCAGUGGGUUCAGCCUCUCAGAGUUCAGUCCAGUCCAGGAGCGGGAACCCGGGAUAUCUUGUUGGACUCCCUGUGCUGAGUGACAUCGGCCACCUUUCUUUGUUGACGUCUCUGGUAGGAGAUUCCUGCAGUCAGAGUGAUGUCCAGUUCGGAGUAAACUCAGUGAGUGGCUGUGUGAUCCGCGGAAAUGCUCAGGAAACGUGCGGUGACCUCCAGGCGCGGACAUACCGGCUGCUGCUCGGGGGGACUGCUCCAGGGAGCCUGGCCAUGUUUGGGAACAUCACCGCAGGACAGGUUGGGGAUCGGACGCCCAUCAUAUACCAGAACUGCAGCUUCCAGGGUGACUGCGCCUCCACCUGCCUCAUCCCCACCUCCAUACACAUGCAGAUCCUGUGGGCGCGGGCCGGCCUCCUGUCUAAUCCGCAGUCGGAGGUGGUCGGGGCCCGCUUUGUCUUCAGGUGUCAGUAUGUUCAGUGUCAGGCCACCACCCCGCUCCAGACUCGGGUCUCCUUCACUGACCUGACCAGACGGGGCCCCGCUCCUCGCUCCAGCCCCAGUGUCACCGCCCGGGCCCCCCUGGAUUUCUUCUUUCCAUUCUACAGCGGAGCAGCAGUGACCACCCCCCGGGGCCUGCUCCUGUGUCUGACAGUGUUCAUACUCAGCCUCUGACGAUGGGGGGGCAGCCAUGUGGGGGACAGUAUGGAUGUGUGA